AUGCUCCAGUGUCUACGGUUCACCGCGAACUGGAUAUGGCCGGCUUCGCGAUGCGGCGGAGAGGCCCACUACUGGCGCUCGGUGCGGCGCGUGUCGCCCGCGCCCUCCGCGCUCGCCGCGCCCUCCCCGGCGCCCUCGCCCGCGCCCUCCUCCUCCGACGACGGCGGCUUCCUGCCGCGCGUGCGCGCCCCGCUGCGGCCCGCCGCCGCGCCGCCGCUGUUCCGCGCCUCCUCGCCCGCGCUCGCGCUGCACUGGCCGCCGUGGCCGCCCUGGCCCCCCUGGGCGGCCGCCUGGACGCCCUGGUCGCCGCUGCACGUGUCCGACCUCAGCUCGGUGCCGUUCCCGAGCUCCGCGGACGGCUCGUUCCCGACGCCGCCCUCGCCCUUCCGCCUGCGCGCGCUGCGCCUGGAGCCGGCGCGCGCCGGGGCGCCGCGGCCGCGCGCGCGCCCGCUGUCCCGCCACGCGCGCCCGCGCACCGCGCUCGACCCCCCGCCGCCGCACGAGGCGUCCCCCGAGAGCCGCAGCUCCUCCAGCGGCUUCGGCAGCAAGAACGCCUCGUCGCAGCACAACCGCAGCAGCCGCACCGGCAGCCUCGCGGAGUGGCGGCCGCCGCCGUACCGGCCGCCGCCGCCGGCGCCCCCGCCGCGGCCCGGCUCGGGCGAGGCGGUGGACGCGGGCUCCGUGGACGUGCACUACGAGUGGGACCGCGCCACGCGCACGCCCACGCCGUCCACGCCCGAGCGGCCGCGCGCGCGCCCCUCGCGCGACGACGUGGAGGCGCGCGUGCGCGCCAUGAAGGAGGAGUUCCUGGAGUUCCGCAAGCGGCAGGCGCUGCGCCGGCGCUCGCCCGAGCCGCUGUCGCCGCUGGCCGCCUUCGCGCCGCCGCCGCCGCCGGCCGAGACCGUCUGCUGA